GUGAAGAAGCUCGACAAUGUGUAUCUCACUGCCGAUGCCGCCAAAGCGGCCCCGGAAGGAAGCAGUCCGAUCAUUCUUUCACAGGUAGUGAAGCCCGUGGCUGGCCAAAUCAAGGAGGGAGCGAAGGAGGCUGCGCUGGCCUUUACCGGCAAGGAGGAGUACAAGUUCGGGGACAUUAGCAAGGAAGCCGCCACACGUGCAAAGGCUGCAGUUGCCACACUACUGGGCCAGGAGGAGUACCAAUUUGGAGACGUCACAAAGGCUGCGGUGAACAAAGCUAUGGACAAGAUCGCUGACUUCACGGGCAAGGAAGAGUACAAGUUUGGGGACAUCACCAAAACCCUGCUGCGCAAGACUCUGGACUACUUGGAGAAAGAUGAUUAA